UAGUCCAUUUACAUGGAAAAAGGAAAAAGAGGCGGAGGUGCGAAGGUUCGGCUGUAUUUUGAUUUGUCUUUUUCAUUCUGAAGGUGGAGGUUGAGAGCGACUGCUUUGACGUUUUCCCGGGCCAAGACGUGGAAGUAACUCUGAACACGGUGCCGAGCUACUGUGGCGUCAUGUGGACUGGAGCCUAUCAUGUUCCAGAAUGCAGCAGUGGAAAUCUGCGAAGUCAUAUCCCAGAAUGCAUCACUGGGAGACUUCAGUAUUUGGUAAAUCCAGAGAAAAAGGAGGUGGUGGUCAGUGUGUCAGACAUGCUAGAAGACGAGGACUACCGGCUCCGGCUGUGCCACAAGGACUUCAUCUGUGCAGGCACCGGAGCCAGUGCACUGAUAAAGAAAGAAGAACGUACGAGGAAUGUCACCCUGCGGUAUUCAAGACCUUUACCCUGCCUCUGCAUUGAGGGAUGGUCGGACAUGACGGAUGCCCCCAGAGUUCAAGUGUGCCCAUUCAAAGACCGUGUAGAGGAACUGUGGUUUGGCGUGUCCUUUGACCUGGUCGAGGAGGCCUUGUCGUGGGAACCAGCUUGUCCGACUCUUGCCGUGAUCUCGCUGUGUCAGAAAGGAGAGGAAGAUAUGUGUAUGGAUCUGCCGCAUGCCAUGCAGACUGCUGGCCGGGGAAAGAUAACGUUUACGAAGGUGGAGCCACACCCUCAACUUUGUAUGAAGUUCACCGCAGGCUCUCAGUCCUGGACCAAGUGCCCUUUUGCUAAAGGGAAAUUCCAAGUUUGGGAGGCGGAGGUGUUAGCAUCAGCGUCGGGUCAUCAGGAGGUACUAAUGCUGUCACAGAUCACCGCCACCUUCUCUGUGGGAGUGUGUGUGAGGUCCGAAAGAUCGCCUUUGUGCCAGCCUAUUGACACACUCACUGUUGACAUGAAGAAUCACAAGCCCGUGACCUUAAAUCUAACAGGGGACUUGUGCAAACCAAAUUCUUGUCUCCAGGUAAGGAGGCUUGAUGUGAAUUAUGCUGCUAACGUCCUUAACUGUCACCUGCAAUGUGUGUUGCAGAAUGAUGCUGCUGAAACAGCCUCUGUCAUUCCCGCCAGCAAGGAUGGGAAUCUGUCUGUGACCUGGGCCGUUGUGCCAGCUGGUGUUUGUCUUGCUGUCAUUAUAAUAGUCACUCUGAUGGUCCACGCCAUGAGAACAGAGCCCCCUCCUCUGGCCACUGACUGUGUGGUCCCUGCAUUUCAAACCAUGCCUAGCCUCCACAGCCAGAUCUCCGUAUCGGACCCCACCCAGCUUGAGGACAUUGAAAAGUUGGAACACGUUUCAUGAUCCUGGGGUCCUGGGAAUCCAAUCACCUACUUAUGGUAAUGUUUUGCAAACGCACAGCUGGUUACCUGCAGAGAUAGAUAAUUUUCCUCUGGCUGCAGCCGAAGACUCGCAGGCCUGUGUGGCACAGUUUAAACACUUUAAUGAAGGCUGCGAGAGAGGAGUGUGCUGGCGGAGUAGCUUACUAAAUACAAUAU